ACCGCCAUGUCACUGAUGCUCCCUUCCGUACCCGCUGUAUCCAGCAUGAUAUGUUGUCCGUAGGCUCAGCGAGACUUCCUGCAUGUUGCCAUGGGCAUGCAGGUUGCCUGGCUUUGUCUUGCGGCAAUUGUGAGUUGUCAUGCAUCCGUUCAUCUUGCUGAAUUACUUUGCUCUAGUAUACGGUCUCUGUAUGAUCAUGUCUGAGAUAUUGGGUUCUGGGGGCUUAUGCGGUUCUGGGGGCACUUUUUGUUGGCGAGAGUACAUCACAUUGGGUGUAUUGGGGGUUGCAGUACUGACAUAUUGGUUGGUGUUGCGCCUCUGCUUGUCUGUGGGUUCUGGGGGCAUUUGUUACUGGCGAGAGUACGUUGUAUUGGACGUCUUGGUGGUUGCGGUACCAACACAUUGGUUGGUGCUGCACCUCCGCUUGCCAAUGGGUUCUGGGGGCAAUUGUUACUGGCAGAUUGGUUGGUGUUGUGCCUUCCUUUGUUGUCGGCCCACGGGUUACAUUGUCUGGUACGUGAUGAUGCUUGUUCCGAUCACUGCACUGAUGUAUUUUCAGGCUUUGUACUACUGUUGGUGUGUGUGGUUGUACCGUCACCGCUUACUGAUGAUUCUGCGAUAUCUGCUUGUGCUCAUGCAUUGCAUUGAGCAGGAUGUGUGUUGACGACCAUUGGCACGGCUCUGCUGGUUUCCUUUCACCCCCAUUCCUUAUCAUUCAGGGCUGCACAAAGACGUGGCCAGUCUUUGUGUAGCCUUGGAUGACUUCGCCUUUUCUCAUUCUUUACUUUAUUUGACUUGAACACAAGUGCUGUGAUGUAAUGAAUUAUGUAAUGACCUGUUUGCGAUCCCCUUUAGUCACAUGACUGUGUGAAUAAUGCUUAUCAACUAUCAG